UCUCGGGGGUCCCUGGCGGGGCCGCCGCGCCGGAGGAUCCCGGCUGGAUCCCGGGACUGCGCCGCCCGCCCGGCCUGGCCAUGAGUCACUCUCCGCUCCCGCGACGGGGAGGAAGCUGCGCGCGCCCCCGCCCGGACGGACACCCGCGGGGGCUUCCCAAAAUGCGGGGGCGGGGAUCCGGGCCGGGCGAGACUUGCCCGAUCCCGCCCCAGAGAGUUGGGGGGGCCGGUUACUUGGGAGGAGGGAUCUCCUUAGCCGAUCGAUCCCCAAGAGCGGGGGGGGGAGGGGCUCGGGAUCUCGCCCUCCUCCGGGGCAGCUGGAUCCCGGAGCCCAGCUGGGCGGGGCGCAGCGUGCAGAGCGGCCGGAUCCAGACCGGAAGCCCUGCCGGGUGGGGCCUGGGCGCCGCGACCCCCUCCCAUCCCGGCCGCGGGAGGAGGAUCCCUCCGGCAACCCCGCCCCCACCUCAGCUGCGGGGAAGGAUCCGACCCUGCUGGAGAUCCUGCCCGGCUCACAGCUUCACUCAGAGACCUUGCUUCUUAAUGGGCGUCGUAUAAAGAUGCUGGCCAAGGGCACGAAGCGGAAGCGGAUUGAGGGGGACGAGGGCGCCCCCUCCGCGGCCCCCACCAGCUCCCUCUUCAGCCUCUCGGUCUCCAAGCUGCACCAGAGCCUCCAGCACGUCGAGCCCAACCUGCGGCACCUGGUGCUCCUGGCAAACACCCUGCGGCGGAUCCAGGACGAGAUGCAGCCGGCCACGGGGGCCCUCUUCCAGCAGCCGGACCCUCCUGCGGCCCCCGCUGGCAGCUCCGUCUGCAGGGAGAGUUCUGGGGGCGCCCUGCCCUGUGCCCUCCAGGACCCUGGCAGGAGGCUGCCUCCGCCACCGCCUUCUCUCGCCCCCCACGCGGACGAGCUGCUCCUCUCCAGCAUGGACCUCUCGGUCUUCUCCACCAUCUUGGAGGACCUCAGCGGCCUGGAAGGGUUUGGGGAUGCCGUGCACCCCUCCGCCGCCCAGCCCGAGGGGGGCCCGCUCUGCUCUGAGCCGGAACGGACUUCGCAGCCGUGCUCCUCCGCCCCGCUGGACACCCAGGGCCCCAGCACCUACCUCCUGGAGGACGGCCUGGAGGGCAUCUUUGAAGACAUUGACACCUCCAUGUAUGACUGUGAGCUGUGGUCGCCCACCAGUCUCCCCAGCUUCAAGGAGGCCUUUCCCAGCUCGGAGGACGAGCGGCCAGGCUUGGCGGACCUCGAUUAUCUCAUGGACAUGCUGGUGGAGGCUCAGGAGCUGUGACCUGGGCAGGGGGGGGAAGGGGGGGAGUGGACGUUCCUGUAGGAGCCGAGUUUCACCUUGGGGUGGAGGCACCUCUGGUGGGUGGGUCGCAAGUGGGCGACGGAGGGAAAGGGGGGAGUUGCAGUUAGCAUCAGGUUGUAUUCAGCUCAAGGGUUUUUCUCCAAGUAGACCGACUGUCGGUUAAUUUCUGUAGGUCUCUGCUGACUGCAUUGAAACAGCCAGAGCCUUGUGUGAAGAUGCAAAACGGGCCCAUUUACAUCUUCCGAGAAGCUGUUUCCUCAACUUCCUGUAUGAGAUAAUCCCACAAAGGAAGGGGCUCUGCGGCCCCCUUGACAUUCCUGGAAGUCAGAGUCCUACUUUCCGUGAGAAUCUGGGCACCUCCAAGAGGCUCAAACAGAUUACAGUGGUACCUCGGUUUAAGAACAGUCCUGUUUACGAACGAUUCGGUUUACAAACUCCACAAAACUGGAAGUAGUGUCUCGG